AUGAGUGUACCCGCCUAUAUAAGUCCAAUCGGUUCAGCAUGGGGUGGAUGGGUGAACAUUGGAUUGCCUGCAACAUUGCUCCUUACGCCUCGUCCUCCCAAGACUCUCGCACCCACAGCAACUAGCUACCCCGAAAUCGAAACUGAAACAGUGGUGGAAACUCUGACAGUAUAUUACCCUGAAAGUUAUCUCGACGACAGACCUGCUCCCGAUACCGAGGUGGUCUACCCCGAAACCAAGAUUGCUACUGAGAUAGCGCUUCCCACCACCGAGACAACUUUCACCGAUGCAGUUCCUAACAUUCAGACCGUUCCCAACCCCGAUAUAUCUCCCACUUCCACUCAGUCGGCAGGUAUUAGCACAGUUUUCACUGAGAGGCCAUCCAUCAACGUAGUCCUCAGCAUUCAUACAGUUCCCAACCCCGGAAUUAUUCCCAAACAGAUGCAGCCCAAAGCAGCAGAAAGCACCAUUAUUUCCGAUUUAGAGGCAAUGGAUAAAGAAUACACCGAAACAAACAGGCUGUUUACCAGCUGGUCACCCACUGUGCACGCCACUGCCCCCCGGCAUUCAGCAUCACUGAAAAACUGGUCAACCUCUGACACGUCCUGGCAGUUACUUACCCCCGCAAAUGCCAUAAUAAUCACUAGUACUUCAACACCCUCAGUACCUACUCUAAGAGGGUCAUCUCAACUGGGUACUCCAGAGUCUUUCAUGUCCACAAGCACUGUUCCAACACCGAGGACAGGGGGCUCGACAACAACUGGCUCACUGGAAUACUCAACAUUCUCAAAGGCCAUAAUAAGCCCCAUCAUCACUUCAUCUGUUUCACCUAAUGAGGAAAGUUCCACAAGCGGAAACGGCUCAUACAUUGUUUAUGUAUUGACACCAGAAGCUUACUUUCUUGGAUCCUUUGCUCCUCUCAUAUUCGCCAUCCUCUUCUAUCUACCGUGGGCCAGUUUAGAUGCAGUUGCAAAGAGGAUGGAGCCGUUUUACCGACUGAGCAGCUCCAAGGGCGCAGUAGCAUCCGAGUCCCUGAACGUUUCCUACGAAAGCCAAGUACCCUUGGUCGGGCAGCUCUGGAUUUCACUUAUCCGAAGACACUGGGUUGUAUCACUCACCUCUUUUCUGGUCAUAUUAUGCCAGGUCUUGAUAGCACUUUCACCAGAAGUAAUCCGAAUAUCUGUGAUAGGGACCGACUGCCGUGCGAACGUUGCAUGUCCUGGGGUAUUGAGCGUGUCGACAGCGCCUGCCAGGGCAAUGGAAGCUAUGUUGCUCGUCAUGAUUAUUUGCACUGCGGUGCUUGCAGGGCAGCUUUGGAACCGACGAUCCCAGCUAUACUCGGAACCUUUCAGUCUUGCUGGCACGGCAACUCUGGUGGCGAAUGAUGGCUCCUUCUUGCAGCUAUUUCGGCAGGUGGACUCCCAGUCUCUGACGUCGGAUGGCAAGGGAUUGGAGAAAGCAUUGGGAAAAAACACGCGAUACCGCGUCACAGUAUACAAAAAUGAGCUAGGGGCAGCACAAAAUGGCAUUGUUUUGGAGCCACCGCACACGACCUCCCAAGCCUUUCCGGCCACCACAACUCCUGCAUCUGGCGUCAAAUUCCUUCCAGUAAAACGGUCAAAUCCCCUUAUAUUGGAAUUAUGUCUCCUUUUUCUCAUCAUCGUCAUCAUUCUGCCGAUAAUAAUCUGGUAUUAUCUUAACAACGACCAAAACCAUCCGCUUGAGCAAUUCCUGAGCGGCCAGGACUUUGGAGUCAGGUUCCUUUUCGCGGCAAUAGGCAUCCUCAUCGACGAGCUUUGGAAGAACAUUUUUUCAAGUAUGCGUCCCUUCCUUUUCAUGCACUUUUGCCUAUACUAA